CGCUGCUCCACCAACGCAACAGCAUCAACGAUGGAGGAACACGAAAGCAUGGAACAAGAUGAAGAAAUGGAUGAAGAUGAUGUAAAAUCGGAGAGUAGUGAAGAAGAUGAAGCCGAUGAGAACGUAGAGGAUGGAAAGGUUUAUCUUCCCGGAGGGAAAAUUGAAGAAGGCGAAGAACUCGUGUGUGAUGAGACGGCAUACGUUAUGUAUCAUCAAGCUCAAACAGGGUCACCGUGUCUCAGCUUUGAUGUGAUCAGAGACGACCUUGGUAACAACAUAACUGAAUACCCACAGACAGCCUUUCUCGUUGCCGGAACACAAGCAGAUCGUGCGCUCGCAAACAACAUUAUAGUGAUGAAAAUGUACAACUUGCACAAAACUGUCAAGGCGAAAGAUGAGGAUGAGCCGCUAGAGGAUGAUGAGUCGGAGGCUGAGGAGUCGGAUACGGAAGAUGAGGAGAAACAACCGCAGUUGGACUGUAUCUUAUUUAAGCACGCUGGGGGAGUCAACAGAAUAAGGACAACAGCGAUCGGGAAGCAACAGGUAGCAGCGUCCUGGGGAGGAAAUGGAAUUGUAAAUGUGUGGAACAUCACAGAUGCAUGGCACCAGCUUAGUGUAAGUAAAGGUGACAAGGAGGCAAAGACACAACAACCCAUGUUCUCCUUUAAAGGACAUCAAAUAGAAGGGUUCGCUAUGGAUUGGUCACCAACAACACCAGGUAUGAUGCUUACCGGAGAUUGCAAAAAGAACAUCUUUUUGUGGAAACCUCAGCAAGAUGGCACUUGGCACAUUGACCAGCGACCAUACACGGCACAUACCGACUCAGUCGAAGACAUUCAGUGGUCACCAAAUGAGCCCAGUGUAUUUGCGACAUGUUCUGUGGAUAAGUCGAUACGCGUCUGGGAUGCGCGGGCAGCACCAAACAAAGCCUGCAUGCUGAGUGUCAGUGAUGCACACAGUAGCGACGUGAACGUGAUAAGUUGGAAUCGCAACGAGCCAUUCAUUGUUUCUGGUGGAGACGACGGCAUUCUCAACAUAUGGGACCUGCGACAGUUCCAAAACAGCAAAGCUGUGGCAACUUUCAAGCAUCACACGGCACCCAUCACGUCGGUUGAAUGGCACCCAACAGAUGGCACUGUGUUUGCUGCAUCCGGCUCAGAUGACCAGCUGACUCUUUGGGACCUAUCUGUUGAGAAAGACACGGAGGCUGGCCCCUCAGAUAAAAUUGAGGUGCCACCCCAGCUGCUGUUCAUCCAUCAGGGACAAAGUGACAUCAAGGAGUUGCAUUGGCACCCACAGCUAACUGGUGUGGUACUUAGCACAGCAAACAGUGGUUUCAACAUAUUUAAAACUAUUAGUGUGUGACAGGACGAUUAUUGUAAACGAAAGUGAACAUUGAUGCUGUGUAAAGCACUGCCUGUAUAGUACGACAUGGGAUGGAUACAGAGACCAGCAGGAUAGGAUCAGAGCAGAAUAACUCACAGCAAAAGGACCCUUAAAUGCACACUGCUGCACGUAAGAGCACUUCAUUGUGUCUGCUGUGCUUGAUCAGUCCUCCAUGAGAACUGGUUUCACUCUGGAAGCAGAGUGCAGUGUGUAUGCACUUUUGUUAUGUUUUGUAACGUGUUAUUGUAACAUAUAUGUACAAUAUAUAAACGUAUACCGAUUUUAGAAAUCAAA